AUGGCUCUCGCAUUACCAGCCUCUACCGCAGCCCUCGCGGCGCCGACUGCUUUGGCCGGACUCGCCUACCUCGAUGCCCGCUGGCGAGUCUCGGUCGACUUGGAGCUCAUUCUCAGUCUACUGGCUUCCCAAAGAGCCUUUGCAAAGAGAGAGGCAGCAGAUCGGGCCAACUCCUUCUACCUCAUUGAGGGACAUGCGCACAACCCAAAGGUCGCAGACAAGACCUUCAUCAUCUACCAGGGCAAAAGAUGGACCUUCAAACAGACAUACGACAUGGUGCUGCGCUAUGCGGGAUACCUGCACACCACUCACUCGAUCCUGCCGGGCGAGAUCGUCGCCAUCGACUUUAUGAACUCUCCUCAAUUUCUCUUUCUGACCAUGGCUUUGUGGUCCUUGGGCGCCCUGCCGGCCUUUAUCAACUACAACCUGACCUCGACCUCGUUUAUCCACAGCGUGAAAACGUCCUCGGCGAGGCUCCUGAUCGUUGAUCCCGAAAUCGAGUCCAAGGUUCUGACCGAGGGGAACAAGACUAUCUUCUCAGGCCCCAAUUUCCGCAACAAUGCCUUCCCUCUGGAGGUGGCAGUCUUGACUCCCGGCCUCCAAUCGUCCUUGGAAUACUUUCCUCCUUACCGUGCACCUGACACUGCUCGAUCCGGCGUGGUCGGUCGUGCUCCCUGUGUCCUGAUAUCCACGUCCGGGACAACGGGCCUCCCCAAGGCUGCAAUCGUGCCUUGGGACCGUACCGUCGUUGGCUCCGGUCUUGUUGCACGUUGGUUGAAUCUGCGUCCCGUCACGUCAUCCAAUCCAGACAGGUAUUACACUUCCAUGCCGCUGUAUCACUCCUCUGCCUUUCAGCUGGGCUUCCACUGCUGUCUUGUCCGAGGUUGCACGUUGGUCCUGGGCCAUAAAUUCUCCGUCUCACAUUUUUGGGACGACGUCGUUGCGGCCGACGCCACGGCCAUCCAAUAUGUCGGCGAAACCCUGCGUUAUCUACUCGCCGUGCCACCUCAGCCAGAUGACCGCACAAAACACAAAGUGCGUCUGGCAUUCGGAAACGGCCUCCGCCCAGAUGUAUGGGACAAAUUCCGCGCCCGGUUUGGAAUCGAGACGGUGGCCGAGUUCUAUGGCGCCACCGAAUCCGCCGGAGCGAGCUUCAAUAUUUCACGCAACACUUUCUCGUCAGGCGCCAUAGGCCAAGCUGGUUUCCUGGGCACUUUGCUCCUGAAGUUGAGGCAGACCAUCGUCAAAGUGGACUGGGAAACAGAAGCGCCUUAUCGAGACCCCAAGACAGGAUUUUGCAUCCCCGUACCGCAGGGUGAACCAGGCGAAUUACUCUACAAGAUCGACUCUGCCGACGUUGGUGCCAAAUACCAAGGGUAUUUUGGCAACAAAAAGGCCAGUGACUCUAAGAUCUUGCGAGACGUGCUGAAGAAGGGCGACGCCUAUUUCCGCUCGGGAGACGUGAUUAAACUCGACAAAGAGGGACGUUCCUGGUUCAUGGACAGAAUAGGCGACACCUUUCGCUGGCGCAGCGAGAACGUGUCAACCGCCGAAGUCGCCCAGGCCCUGGGUCAACAUCCAGCUGUUCUCGAAGCCAACGUCUACGGGGUGGCAAUACCGCAUCACGAGGGCCGCGCAGGGUGUGCUGCUGUUUUGCUCAAAGAUAUCAGCUCGCACACGACGCCUGUGCCAGAGAAUCUUCUCGAGAGUCUAGCCAUGUACGCAAGGAACAGUCUCCCCAAAUACGCCGUGCCGGUGUUCCUUCGAGUCGUGACGCAGGUCAUGGCGACGGGGAACAAUAAACAGCAAAAGCACGUCCUCCGGCAGGAGGGGGUAGAUCCGGAGAAAGUGGCCGAGGAUAGGUUGUUCUUCUUGAGGCCGAACAGUCAGAGAUAUGAGCCGUUUGGGAAGAAAGAAUGGGAGAUUGUCAAGAGUGGAAAGGUUAAACUGUGA